GCCUGUUAAAAAUAAAAUGAACAAAACUGUACUCAAAGCUCGUUAUGGAUCAGAAUUGCGUAAGAAUUGGAUUUAUCACAACAAUGAUGUGAGCCUUGAUGACUUAAUUUCAAAAAUGCAACGUUAUUUUGACAUUAAAGAAUUGGAUGGAAUUAAGCUGAAAUAUCGUGAUGAAGAGGAUGAUUGGAUUACUCUUGUUGAUGAUAAUGACUUAUCUUUUGCGCUUUCUACUUUGGAGGUUCUAUAUAUUGAGGUUUUUCUUGACAAGUUAAAAACGACAAAGGAAGAAAAGAGUAGUUCUGAUGUGAAGGUUAGUGAAUCAAACACCGACACAACGCAAAAGCAAUUGACGGGUACUAAGAAACAAAUAUCUAUUGAACAACUCACUGAUAUUCCACUGAAUAACGAUCAGGUCCCCCCGACUCUACAUCAAAAUGGUGGAUUGCAUCAGCCGACGCCAUAUGCUGGGGGAGGGCCACCGAUGCAGCAGCCGUCAUAUGUUGGAGGAGGGGUUAUGCCGCCACCUGUUGUUUCCAGUUAUUGUCCUACACCCAUUUCACAGCAAGUUAGUGGAGGGCAUCAUCAGCCACCUGUUGGCGGAGUUCUGCCACCACCUGUUUCCAAUUAUGGUCCUCCACAUACAAUGCAGCAAUUGGGUCGUCCACCUUCUCAGCAAUUAGGAGCAAUGCCACAGCAACCAUCGUAUAUUGGAGGAGUUCUGCCACCGCCUCAAUUGUCCGAACAACUCACCGAUAUUCCGCUUGAUGCAGGUCAUAUCCCACCUACACAGCAAAUUGGUGGAAUGCAACAUCAGCUUUCAUAUACUAGCGGAGGAGUUUUGCCACCGGUGCAGCAGCCGUCAUAUGUCGGAGGAGGGGUUGUACCGCCACCUAUUGUUUCCAAUUAUGGUCCCCUGCCCAAUUCGCAGCAUAUGAAUCUCCCACCUACUUCACAUCAGAUGGGCCUUCCACCUACUUCGCAACAACCUAGUGGAGUGCAUCAGCCGUCAUAUGUUGGGGGAGCUUUGCCGCCACCUCCUAUUGUUUCUUCUAUUGGUACGCAUGGGACAUCGGCAAAUCCAUUCAGUCGUCAAGUUCGUUAA